AUGUGUCUGGAUCUGAAUCUGAAGUCAAUGCUGUGUCUGGACCGGGAUCUGGAGUCAUCACUGUGUCUGGACCUGGAUCUGGUGUCAUCACUGUGUCUGGACCUGGAUCUGAAGUCAUCACUGUGUCUGGACCUGGAUCUGGUGUCAUCACUGUGUCUGGACCUGGAUCUGGAGUCAUCACUGUGUCUAGGGCUGGACCUGGAGUCGUUACUGUGUCUGGACCUUGAUCUGGAGUCAUCACUAUGUCUGGAUCUGGAGUCAUUGCUGAGUCUGGACCUGGAUCUGGAGUCAUUGCUGUGUCUAAACAUGGAUCUGGAGUCAUUGCUGUGUCUGGACCUGGCUCUGAAGUUAUUGCUGUGUCUGGAUCUGGAUCUGGAGUCAUUGCUGUGUCUGGACCUGGAUCUGGAUCCAAUGCUGGACCUAGACUAG